AGCGAAAUAAAUCAAUCGUCGCGGUCGCGUUGUUGGUGUCGUUUGUUGUUUCAAAAUUUAUUGUGAUAAGAGUUUAUCAGUUUUUUUCUUCGAUUCUCCGCGCAAUACACCGAAAAUCGCUCCCAAAAUAGUAGCCGCCUUAUCGCCGAAGUGAUUGUAAUUGAAACCGGCCAUUCGCAACGGCAGCUUUUGAAUGUCUUUUCUGUCUUUUACAGCAGUGCAGCUGUGUGCGCGGAAGUGUCCCACGGCAGUAGGCCAGGCCCCGUCAGUCAGUCAGCCGCGAGACGUCAAAACGGAAAGUGAAAACCUCUGAACAAAAAAAAACGAAGCUCGCAAAGACGGGUUGAACACUUGGCAGAGCGAAAAAAUCAAUUUCGGAAGCAGCAGCAGCAGCCGCCGCGCGCUAAGCCAAAUUUCCCGUGACGAUGGCGAAGUACUACGAGAGCACGACCACGUUCAACUACCCCUGGGAACAGGUUACGCAGUGCUUCUGGAAUCGAUACCCGAACCCGUUCAGCUCCCACGUCCUCUCCGAGGACACCGUCUGCCGCGAGAUCCGCGACGGCCAGCUCCACUCGAAGCGCCUUCUGAGCAAGACGAACCGCGUGCCCAAGUGGGGCGAACGUUUCUUCAAGGCCCAGUCGGUCUGCAUCCUCGAGGAGUCGGUGGUCGACCCGAAGGAGCGCACCCUCGUCACGUACACGCGCAACAUUGGCUUCAACAAGAUCAUGAGCGUCGUUGAGAAGGUCACGUACCGCAGCGUGCCGGACCAGCCGGGCAAAACGAUCGCGACGCGGUCGGCGUGGAUCGACUCGUCCGUGUUUGGCUUCUCCACGGCGAUCCGGGCGUUCGGGUUGGACCGGUUCAAGAAGAACUGCCUGAAGACGGUCAACGGGUUCAACUACGUGCUGCAGAACAUGUUUCCGGCGACGCACGCCGCCGCGAUGGUUCACAACCAGCAGCAGCAGCAGCAGCACCAGACCAAGGCGCAGAAAAUUAAGGAAGCUGCGAAGCACGCCUCGGAACAGGUCAAGGCCCAGGCCGAACAGCUGGUGCAAAAUUUGUCCGUGAAAGGUUGAACCAAGCCGCCUUAGGGGGAACAAGACACCGGAAACUGAAACGUCCCUCUAACAGACACACAGACACAGACACGCUUUACCCCGAAGAAUUCCGACAAUUGUUGAACAAUUCCCCGUUUCCUCUUGGCUUUGAGAGCGGCAAUAAUUGUUAAAUAACCAAAUCAGCACCAUCUUACGAAAAUGCUCUCGAGCUUAAGAAAAUUUAAAAAGUUCCCGUUUUUCCAACCAAUUUCCUAGUACAAGUAGCGGUCACUUAACUAAUCGAAACCAUUUGGCGCAACAGAUGCAAACAGGGCGGAUGCAGUAUUUGCGGGACGAAGUAGAAGAAGUAACUUUGUGGGAGUGUAAAGAAAGCUUGAGCAUCAUUCCAUGCCGGUUAAACAGUAAAUUUGCUUAAACACUUUUUAAAAUAACAAGCGAAGCAAAGGAGAGAAUGCAGAAAAAGACAGGACCCGAACGGAGGGAGGGGAGGAUAAGGAGAAAA